UGUGGCAAAAGGGAGUGGCCAUUUGCCGACUCCGUUUACGACUGUGUACGUGGCCGUGUGUUUCGUAUGAUAUGUGUCCGUGGUGUGUAGGGUGCAUAAUGGAAGGGAACUUCUCGACACCACGGAUCAUGCAUUCGAUAUUCUCGACACCGGAGACCAUGAGUCCCGAGAUGCACAUGCGCUUGGCAGAAUCGUUUCCUCCAUGUGCAAAUUCCGUGAGGCACUUCAACGGCGUGACUUCGAUCCAUGGAGCCACCAGAGAGGACUUCGAAGAGGACCCGUGGAUGGCCGUCGUCCCGUGCAUGGACAGGCAUCUUGACAGUUGGCACGAUGUCAAUUGGGCCGCGAUGGAGAGUCGAUGCCCUUGGACAAGCCAGUACAAGUUUGCCAACAUGUUGGAGUUUGGAGGUCUCAUCACGCUGCAUGACGCUGUCCUCGGACACAAGCUCCUGAGCCGGCGACGUUCUGGCAGGUGCGAAAGGGGCGAUUCUUUCGUGGGAUCUGUUCCAGGGUUUGGUGGGGGGGCUUUAAAGACCCCUUUCUACACUGAAGUCGCGGAGGGAGGUCUUGUUUCGGCCAGGGAGUUUUUUUACGAGGUCGAGAAGAGCGACUUCGACCUCGACGAUCCCUGCCAAGUUUCGAGAGACCUGGAAGUGUCGCUUCCUGUGCAAAUGUGCUCCAGAGGUGUCAUCGACAUUGACGCGGCAUACUUCCUAGAAUGGAAAAACGGCGUGCGAACAAAGCGGGAGUUCGCCAUUAACCCGUCGCAAGUCAUCGACAUCGGCGAGUGGGAGGCGGCAUACAACCAGCGUUCCUUGGAUCCCGUGCAAAUACAGGUCAUUAUUGACGCAAUGACGACGGCCUACUCUCAGACCGAGAAGACUUACGAGCUGCCGACACUAAAGCUCGCGCCUCUCGGGCUGGCUAAACCGACGUCCGAGGUGCGGGCGGAUCGUCCGAAGUCGGAGGACUGGAAGGACGAGCUGGCAGGGCAAUACUACUACUAUGCUGUGGCGGGCCAGCAUAACGCGGCUGCGGCCAGGGCGUUGCUUGGCACCGAUGUGGCGGUGAGGUACAACUUCGAGCGCUGGCCUUCACGAAUGGUGUACUUCUCGGACGAGGACUUUGAGGGGUACUUUCUGGUCAGCGCCGAGGAUAACAAGAAAGACCUGAAGGCCCCUCCGGGACAGCUGAAACUCUCCAUGAGAGACAUUCGGUGGACGCCGUACAAUCACUUGUGGACUCUCGACAAUGACAAGACCGAACAAGGAAUCAAGAAACAGAACGCUGCCUUUCGAUCUUAUUUCCCGCUCGCGAUGGCAGGUAAAAGCGCAUGGGAAACUGGGAUGGAAUUUUUCGAGAGAUGGGAAACCGGCAGACUGCUGGCGCCAGAAGGAGCGAAGUGGAUCGCGAAGAAGAAGAAGGUGCAGGGCCUCAAGCCAAGUGUGAGCCACAUCGACAACGAGAAGGACGGGCGAAAGGUAGUCGUGUACAAUGUCCCCGUCGAAGGGCCACAAAAGAAAGGCGAGAAGGAAAAAGAGUCAGGCGACUGGUUCCUCCAGGUCACCGAGCCGGAUCUGCACUGUUGGAAGAGCAUGGAGGCCCUUACCGACAAUGAGAAAUGCUGGUUGUUGAAGAAGGUUCUCAACUGCAAGAUGGUCUGGGUGCACACAGGGUCCUCCGCGUUGGCGAAGCAAGGGAAGUUGGGGAUGCACGAGGCAGUGCAACUGAUGAAGUGCGAUCGCAUAUUGGUGCGGUUGUGGAACUACUACCAGUUCAAGCAUGAAAACCGGUCAGACAGUGACUGGACCAGUAAGUCGAAAAGCAUGGAAGUCGCGCUGGCCGAAUGGAUGGUGCACAUUCUGUGGAACGACUCAAAGGACGUCACAUCUAUUGCCCCGUUCGGCAUCGACCCUCUGGAUGCGCAGAUGAAGGCCGUGGAGUUGGAGAGGGCGGUCGGAAUCACGAAAUGCAACACGUGCGUUCUCGACUUGUGCGAACCGGUGGACAUCAAACAGUGGACAGCUAAAGUCUUCGAGAGUUUGAAUGCCCUCCUGGAGCACUUGUUCCCCUCGCACUGGACAGUAGUCGCGUUUGCCCCGCGUGAGCACGACUACUACUUCAUGACCAACCUGCACCAUCUGUCCGUCGUGAAGGCAAGGGCCGGGAAGUGGGUGAGGAGGACGCAGCAGAAGAAAAGUUUCGGUGUCGGCCACAACUUGUACUCCUUGGACGAACGCAUGUACAUCCUUUUCAAAGGCGACGACUUGCGGGAGAACACAUCUGUUGUCUACGACGCAAGGUUGGCGGCGGGUGAUGCCGCCGAUGUGGGGGCAAAUCAGAAAGUGACUCCCACUGAGAUAUCCGAGAUGUAGAUCGCGCACAGCGGCGUGGGGGAAGGGGGGGUGAACGUCACACACUCCCCAACAGCAGGGAGCAGCAAGUCGGGGAAGUUCGCCCGCAUCCGAACUUCGCAGACGGAGGACCCAGUGCCUGUGGAGGCAGCGAAGUCGGCCGGCAUCCGCACUUCGACGACUCAGGAGCAGGCGGCCCUUCCCUCGUGGACUGCUUUCGGCUCCUCCGGUGAAGUAGGGCGGGGCUCAUGUGCAGGGGAUUCUGUCUCCGCCGUGAAGGGCAAGUCGGCGGGCAUCCCUACCUGGGCGGACGACGUUCAGGCGAGUGUACCGGUCCAGUGGAGCUCUACAGGAGCACAGGCGUCGGAGAUAGGCGCCACCCUGGCUGUGCGGGAGGCGACGCCGCCGGCCCUUGGACAAGGCCGAUCUGCGGAGUCACAGAGAGAGAUUGCUGGUGCAGCGCCGUCCGCCUUCCUUGCGACGAAGUCCGCCGGUAUCCGUACUUCGUCGGUGACGUGCCUGCAGUCGGAGGAGGCAAGGACGGAGGAAGGUGCUACGUCUAUUUGUACAGACAACCGCUCCUUGGGAUCCGCCUUGAUGCGGCUGCAAGGAGCCGAGUGGCGUGAGACUGGCGGGGGGGAAGAAUGGGUGGAAGUCGAGGGCGGCGAAGAAGGGGGAGAAUGGGAGGAGGGGGGAGAAGGAGACGAAGGGCGAGAGAAGGAGUUGAUUACAUUGCGCGACGGGGAAGACGGUGAAGAAGGAGGACUCAGUAUUACAGACGAGGAAAGGGUGGAUAUCGGAGACGAGGAUGUCUGUGGGGAGACAUUAUGAUUCGUUCGGUCUAGUGUACGCCAGACCAGGUG